UUCAAUUUUCAUGUGACGCCUGACCCGACCCUGAAAUCUCCCUCCAAAAAUCCCCUUUCGCGGAACUUUGAAAGCACCCACCAAAUCCAUCGGAGAACCAUGGCGUCAACUUCACACGGCGGCGCAUCUGGUCGGAUAAAGAACGCAACUUCCACCUUCGCCACCGAUAUUCAACCUCUCAUUGCUGAUAUCCGAACAAUAGUUGGUGUUAUGAAGGGAAUUGCAGUUCAAUUGGAAAAAGACAAUCUUUCUGACAAGGUGAAGGAAAUGGAAGAUGCUGUAGUUGAGUUAGUGAGCUUAUCUGAACUCAAUGUGCAUUUAUCAUCUGCUGCUCAAGCUUUUGGUAACAGAUACCAGCCUGGAGAACAGUUGACUGAUUUUCAUAAGGUGUUCGAGGAUGAAGUUUUGCAGUUUAAGGCCAAUCGAAAUUCAGAUGUUCAAAGACAUCCUCUUGUGCGCCAAUUUAAGGAAGCUGUAUGGAAGGUGCAUCAUGAGGGACAGCCAAUGCCAGGUGAAGAGCAGGAGGACAUUGUAAUGACCAGUACCCAAUCUAAUAUUUUGAAUUUCAAAUGUCCGUUGUCUGGAAAGCCUAUUACUGAGCUUGAAGAACCAGUUCGCAGUAUGCAAUGUAGGCACAUUUAUGAAAAGAACGUGAUAAUGCAAUAUAUCAAGUCAAAGCAUUCCCGUACUCAAUGCCCAAUACCAGGUUGCCCAAAGGUGUUGGAUCCAAAUGCACUGGUACAGGAUGCGUCGUUGCUUAUCGAAAUUGAUGAAAUGCGCAAAAUGAACAACAAAGAAACUAAUGUAGAAGAUUUCACCAUGCUUGAUGAAGAUUGAUAAAACCAACUUGUGAUAAGAUUUUGUAUGUAAAUUCUGAUAGUUUUGGACUUUCAGUUGAUGACUCGUGUUAAUAUUUUAUGUCGUGUUUAUUGAAGUUGUUUCAAGUUUCAACUAGCAAAUUUGCAUUCAUUAGUGAAGUUUUUAUGAUUUCAUUUUUCAUAUUUCAUUGCUAAA